AUGGACAAAUACCUCCGAACGUGGCGGCAAGACGCUCUCAACAAGGGUCAGCAUGAUGCGGCUAUCUAUAUUGGAGACAAGGUUCUUGCCCUGACCAACAAUGAUGCCGACGCCUUCUGGCUAGCUCAAGUCCACUUCGGCCACAAUAACUUCACCCGGGCAUUGGCUCUGCUUCUUCGAAAGGAUCUGAUCAAUCGAAGUCUCUCCUGUCGAUACCUGGCCGCUCAUUGCUACGUCAAGCAAGGCAGAUAUGACCAAGCACUGGGCAUACUCGGCGAGGAAAAUCCAACUCACUUGAUCACUACUUCCCACAAUGCUAGAAGAAAAUUGGCACACAUCAAUGGCCAUUCCCAAAGGAAUAUCACUCAAAGAGGAGCGAGAGCCCAGCGGGACAGGAUCGAGUUCAGCGAAGAAAGAGAACGUGACAGAGAAUCAGAGAAAGAACUGAAAUUCCAGGCGGGCAUGUGCUAUCUUCGUGGCUUGUGUUUCGCAAAACGCAAUGCCUUUGACCGGGCACGAGACUGCUACAAGGAUGCCGUUCGAAUAGAUGUGCAGUGUUUUGAAGCCUUUGAUCAGCUGAUGAAGAACUCUCUCAUGUCCCCUGCCGAGGAGUUGGCCUUCCUCGAAGAACUCGAUUUCGACUCGAUACGCAUCGAAGAUCAGUCCUUGGCUCAGGAAGCCGCUCACUUUACAAAGCUUUUGUACACGACGCGGUUGUCCAAGUACUCGGCCCCCGAGACCCUUGCCAACGCCACCGAGACUCUCUCAACCCACUACAACCUGGCGUCCAAUCCAGACUUGCUUCUGACUCGAGCAGAGACACUUUACACCCAAUGCCGUUUUCACGACGCGCUUGCAAUCACAACGAGUAUCCUCAACUCGCAAAACAGCUCUGAUGCCUUGGGUGACGCAACCUCGAGCAACACCAAUGCUUCGCUUGGGCACAGUCCACGUCUGUAUCCCUUACACCUCGCUGUUUUGUACGAGACAGGAUCUCACAAUACUCUUUUCCAUCUUUCACACACCUUGGCAACUCACGCUCCUCACGAGUCAUACACCUACCUGGCCAUAGGCACGUAUUACUUAUCAACAUACCGUAUUCCUGAGGCCCGCCGAUUCUUUUCAAAGGCAUCCCUUAUGGACCCGCACUCCGCUGCUGCAUGGAUAGGAUUCGCCCAUACGUUUGCGGCCGAGGGCGAGCACGAUCAGGCCAUUGCAGCCUACUCGACGGCAGCAAGGUUAUUUCAGGGGAGCCACCUGCCCCAGCUGUUCCUAGGCAUGCAGCAUUUGGCUCUAAACAAUAUGCAGCUGGCUUGGGAAUACUGCCUUGCGGCAUUCCAGAUGAGCAGCGGCACCCCUAAAUCAGGCUCGGAGGACGAUUUGGCCAACCGGAUAUUCAAUAAUACUGCCAGUCUGGGUGGCGACCCCCUAGUGCUCAAUGAGAUCGGCGUCAUAUUGUACCACCAGUCCAACCUCCCUGCUGCUGCAAAACUUUUUCACAAAUCCCUUGAACUGGCCUCGGAUCUGGGAUGCAACAUGACUGCAUGGGUUGCCACAAGGGCAAAUCUAGCACACUCAUUGAGGCGAAUGGGAAGGUUUGAAGAGGCGCUCGCCGAAUUUGACGAGUGCUUAAGAACAGCCACUGGCGGGGCAGCUCCCGCAUCAGCCUACGAGCCAGGACGUGGAAUGACAGCCUUUGCCCAUCUCAGUCUGGCUGGCACCAGCACAGGCCUCAGCCCUAGCGGCGCAGCCAGUGGUUACGACGAGCGCAAUCUCAUUGGAAGCAUUCACACCAGUCGCGGCUUGGUCCUUCUUAGCAUGGUCGGCCACACGAAAGAAGCGGUCAUGGCCCUUCAUGAGGCUGUACGCGUUCUCGGUGGUGAUGCUGGUGGCGGUGGCGUCGCCAGGACAUUGCUAAGUCGGGCGCUGGAGUUCUGGGCCUUGGAAGAGGAUCAGCCACUUGACGACCUCGAAGCCACAAUACAGCAAGGAGCGUCUGCGCCUGUGUCAAGAAUCGGAACAAGGUCAAAGCGAAGAGGUAAGGAGGCCGUUGCGCCUACCACGUCGACAGAGCAGAUGAGUAACGAACGGAAGAUCGAACAACGAAUGGACGGGCAUGCGAAUGAGAUUCUGGAUGCUGCACUGAGAUCUGUACGAUGA